CGCGCAGGCCCCAGCGCGGCGUGGGGCCGGGAUACCGGCGCCUUUCCUUCCCUGGCUGCGCAAUCGCCAGGGCGGUCGAGCUCCUUCCGGCAGCUGGCACCCUGCGCGAGCGAACCUGCUGACAUGACUGAUCCUGGGGAUGAUGAGCUGUCCUCUAGGACAGGGAGUCCAGAUGGGGAAGGUCGGGUCCCUGAGGAGAGAUCCUUGCUGCAUCAGAGUCUGGCCGUCAGGGAACUCAUCGACACCGAGGUCUCCUACUUGCACGUGCUCCAGCUCUGUGCCUCGGACAUUAGGAGCCACCUGCAGCAGCUGCCACAGGGAGAUCUGGAUGUCCUGUUCUCAAAUAUCGAUGAUAUCAUCAAGGUGAACAGCAAAUUGCUUCAUGAUCUGCAGGAGACAGCCGCCAGGGAAGAGGAACAAGUGCAGCUGAUCGGCAACUUAUUCCUGGAAUUCCAAGAGGAGUUGGAGCAAGUCUAUAAAGUGUACUGUGCCAGCUAUGAACAGGCCUUGCUGCUGGUGGAGGCCUACCGGAUGGAGCCACAGCUGCAGCGGGAGAUCCAGGACACCAUUGAGGCAGUGCUGCCUCAAGCUGGAUCCUCAGGCCUCAGUUUCUUGCUGGUAAUUCCUUUGCAGAGGAUUACCAAAUACCCAUUGCUGCUGCAGAAAAUUCUGGAGAACACACUCCCUGAUGCCAGUGCCUACCCUGUCCUUCAGAGGGCUACCUCUGCCCUCCAGGACGUGGUCACCAACAUCAAUGAGUACAAGAGGCGCAAAGAAGUGGCCUCCAAGUACACCAAGGUGGAGCAUCUGAGCCUCCGGGAGCGACUGGCCCGCAUCAAUAUGCACACCCUUUCCAAGAAGACCACCCGGCUGAGCCAGCUGCUGAAGCAGGAGGCGGGGCUCGUACCCAAGACAGAAGACAAGGAAUUUCAUGACUUAGAAGAGAGUUUCCACUGGGUGUCACUGUGUGUGACCGAGCUGAAGAACAAUGUGGCUGCGUACCUGGAUAAUUUGGAGGCUUUCCUCCGCUUCCGGCCCCAGGAAUACGAUCUGGACAUCCCUGGGGGCCCUGUGGUGCAGUACUGUUACCUGGCAAGAGACCUGCAGCUCCAGGCCUUCCCUGAGUUUAAGCAGCGGCUGGAAGCCCUGGUGUGGCAGCCAUUGUGCAGCCUGGCCAAAGCCUUGGCCGGGCCUCAGAAUCUGAUCAAGAAGCGUCUGGACAAACUACUGGACUUUGAGAGGGUGGAAGAGAAGCUGUUGGAGGUGGGCAGCAUGACCUAUGAGGAAGAGGCGGCCCGGCACAUGUACGAGGCACUCAACUCCCUGCUAGUGGCUGAGCUCCCACAGUUUAAGCAGCUGGCCAUGCGGUGGCUGGGACAGAUCCUGUGCACAUUUGUGACCCUCCAGAGGGACCUUGCAAAGCAAGUGCUGCAGAGGGCAGAGGGCAGCUUGGCCCAGCUUCCCCACCACCACAUCUCUGAUCCAGCCUUCAGGAAGCUGGUGGAGGAUGCACUGGGCCAGACCAGUCAUCAGCUUCAUGCCUUUCAAGAGAACUUCGAGAAAGUGCUGCCACAUCCCACCAAACAACCACUCCUUCCAGGGGCUGAACACCAGGUGCAGGCUCUCCUGAGCAGGUAUGGCCCGGGAAAGCUGUACCAGGUGACAACCAACAUCAGCGGGGCUGGGACUCUGGACCUGACUUUGCCUCGGGGCCACAUCGUAGCCCUCCUUCAAGACAAGGACACCAAAGGCAACGGCAGCCGAUGGCUGGUGGACACCGGAGGACAUCGAGGGUACGUGCCAGCUGGGAAACUGGAGCUGUACCACGUGGUCCCCCGUGAGGAGGAGCUCAGAGGGCACGCGAGGCCUCAUAGGGACUCCCAACGUCAGACACCAGAGCCCACCUUGGCCCCCGUCCCUUCUGUCCCAGCAGUGACCCAGGUGGUGGCAGUGUACCCCUUUGUGGCCAGAAGCAGCCAUGAAGUGAGUCUGCAGGCAGGCCAGCAGGUGACUGUCCUGGAGGCCCAGGACAAGAAGGGGAACCCAGAAUGGAGCCUUGUGGAAGUGAACGGACAGAGGGGCUAUGUGCCUUCCAGCUUCCUGGCCAGGGCCCCAGGUCCAGCUCUGUGGGGCUGGAGUCUGCCCUCUUAGGGUGCCCUCCUUGGAGCCCUUGUUCCAAGAGGCUUAGAGGCUGUGACCCUGGGAGGGAAAAGAAGCAAAGAGAAGGUGGGGGUGGAUGGGGAAAUCAGGCCAGGGUGGGGUGAAGGGCACCCAGAAGGCAGCCAGGAGAGGUAGGUGGGCCUUGCAGAGUGCCUGGCGUGGGUGGACAUGAAAGGCUCCAACCAGGACGGCUCAUUAUGUCUGCAUGAAGAGGGCGUUCC